CCGGUAUUGAUACAUUGACAAUCAUUAUUUUCAAUAUUUGCAAAACCAAGACAAUUAUCUUUUGUUUACCACUGUUUACGACCAGAAGCAGAUCAUAACAUUUUACCAAAAAAUCAUGGACUAUAUAUCAAAAUGUGGGCGAAUACUACUUGUUGUUUUAAAUGUCAUUUUUUUGAUUAUUGGACUUGUGAUAUUUGCACUUGGAAUGGUACUGAAGUUUGGAUUUGAAAAAAUCAAACCAUAUCUCGAUGACGCUUUAAAUACUGUGAAAGGUGGCAUUUCGGAAAUAAUGAAAUCCUCUGGAAAUUUAGGUGUUCAUGCACCAUCUGACAGUGAUUUGAAGGAAAUCGACGAGUUAGUGGAGAUAGCAGAGAGCAUUCUAAAAGAUGUGGCUAUAGCUCUGAUUAUUGUCGGGUCUGUAAUGUUGAUUAUUGUAUUGCUUGGAUGUUGUGGAGCUUGUUACAAAAUCAAGAUAUUCCUAUUUCUAUACAGUGUAAUAAUAUUCAUACUCUUGGUAGCCAUGGUUACCGUGGCGGGUUUGUACUUGAACAAAAGAGAAAUAAUCGACAACAAAGUGAAGCCAAUUCUGAAAACAACAAUUAAAGAUUCAUAUAAAGGUUUAAAGGGCGUCAAUUUCAUAAGUCUGGCAUGGAACUUUGCUAUGCAGCAGUUUUCUUGCUGUGGAGUUGAUAGUAGUGAUGAUUUUAAGGUUUGUACCAGUUGGGAUAAGAAACCAGUGUCUACAGUAUCGCAAGACUUAACAUCACCAUUAGCAUGUUGUAAGACUAUCCCAACUGCAACGAGUCUAAACGUAAAUGCUCUGAGUUGUGCUAUUUCUCCGAAGAUAGCAGAUUCCAAUUCCAAAACUGGUUGCUAUGACGUACUGUGGUCAUAUGUGGAGAAAUACAAUAAAAUUGUGAUGACUGUUGUAAUACUAAUGUCAUUGAUUGAGGCUGUCAUCAUAUUUCUUGGUUGCUGGAUAGCUUGUAAGGAAGGAGAUGGUAAAGUCAGUCCUUCGGAUUAGUCUUGAUAAUAGGACAGCACUAUUUUGGAAAAUGGUUAUAUAGCUGGUCUAUAUAACUACACAUUUUAUUUUGUUCAUUUUUUGUAUUGUUUAUGAUUGUGUUAAUAUAAAUUAGUAUUGAUCAAGUUCUCAUGAUGGCGGAAAAGUUAAAAAAAAAAUGAUUUACCACGGGAAAGGUUUUUAAUACAAUAAUUAUGUAAAAUUUGUUUUGUUAAAUAUAUAUAUCAUGACAAUGAUUAUCGUCUUCUUGUAUGAAAAAUGUUUAAAAAGAUUUGACACAUUUUGGUGGUUCUAUGCCGUACGAAUAACACAAUCCCAUACUCUGUGAUUGAAAUAACUUAAUAGCUAAUAUCGCAUUCCUUUCUUAGUUUUUCGUUAACUUAUGAUAUAGGAUGACAAAAUUAACCGAUCAAAUAAAUAAAAGAAAAUAACGUUAUUAAUUUUACAUUAAUUGAUGGCGGAAUGUGUUCUUUUGGAAACGAUAGCUUAUAAUAUCUAUCAUUUAAAUUUUAUCUAUCUUAUUUUUCUAACUAUCAUAACGUGAAUGUAAACAAACAAGUAGAACAAUUACAGUAUCAAACUCCGAUAUUCCAAAUCCAUUGACAAUAAAGAGAUUAUGGGAACAACAAGUUUAUUCGUCGUAUUUGAAACCUCCCAUGUGUCAAAGUCUACAGUCAAAAGUCAGAUGAUACAUGUAUCAUUCGAAGGAAGAGCCAAUUAGACAUUUCCUUAUACAAUCGAUAUUUUUCAAAGUUCAGAUUUUACAAAAUUAGAAGGACGUGCAAUCGUCAACAAUUCUACUUUAAACCAUGAUCAUCAAACGUCUAUGGUCUACCAUAAUCUAUCAACAUGCCAUAACUUUUUUUUAUUUCCUUACCUUUUAAAGUUUUGUUUUCUAUGCACCCAUCCGUUCAUUCAAUGUACUAGUCCAUCAGUCCGUCCGUCGUUUUUUUGGUUGAGGUAGUUUUUGAUGAAGCUGAAGUCCAAUGAACUUGACAUUUAGUACAUUGUACACUGUUACCCACGAAAUGAUCCUUUUAAAAAUAAGGCCCACAACUUCACGGUUCACUGAACAUGGACAAUGAUAGAACAGGUUAGACAUCAAUGUUCAUUCAUAUCUAAUGCAUUUUUAAUGAAAAUCUUGAUGUAUCACAAGGAUCUUGUUUCUUCUACUCAUUAAACUUUUUAAAGUAGAUACAUGGAUAAGAAAAAAUGUUUGACACAUAUGCGCAAGCUGCUUUUAGCAUAUGCAUUCCGUUUACGGAUUCCCGAAUUCUUAAAAAUGCUAAUUAAUCUUUGUUAUCUAUUGGGUUAAAUUUAUUUUAAUGUGCCAAAAUAUAUGUAUGUUAACUUGUUGAAUGAUACACAUGAUUAUCUAAUAAAUGAAUACCCAUUGU